AUGGCCGAUGCCGGAGAUCGCAUGUUUUGCCAUGCCUGUGGCGGGGUAUGGCUGCGAAACGAUAACGGGCUGAUCUGCCCCCACUGUGAAUCCGAUUUUACAGAGAUUAUUGAAAUCCCCCCGGAUCCAGAUGCCCCGGAUCAUCCUCCCGAUCACCCUCCCGACCCCCCGCAUAAUCCCUGGGCACACCAUAACCCCUGGGACCAGGACGGUGAAGAUGAUCAAACCUACGACGACGACCCCAGUGGGUUCACACAUCACACCUACCGAUCCCCCGAUGGGCGGUUUACCUUCUCCAGCACGACAUAUUCCCACGGCCUCCCUCGACGGCGACAGUCGUCCCACCCGCAGGGAAACAUGCCGAUCGAUCCUUUGAUGCCCAUGGUGCGCGGUCUGGAUACCAUCUUCCACGGGCUUGCCAACACCUACCAGCAGACCUCGGCCCUUAGGCCAGGACAGGAAUCCUCCGGAACGCAGCCCCGGUCCGACCAACGGGCACCCGGCGUGACGUUGGACGGGUCCUUCGAUUUCGAUAUGCAGCAUGAGCCCGAGGGGUUACAUCCUCGGGAUGCGGAUGGGCCGCAGCCCAUGGCCACGCCGCUUCGGACGUUGGGCGAUAUCUUAGAGCUUUUCCGCUCCGACUUUCGAGAGAACGGAGGGGGCCACGGCGGGGUGCGGGUGAUGACGGGGCCGAGUCCUCUGGCAAUGCUGUCGGCGCUGUUGAACGUCGAGCGACAUGGCGACGCGGUGUACUCGCAGGAGGAGCUGGACCGAGUGAUCUCGCAGCUGGUGGAGCAGAAUGGGAACCGCACGGCACCGCCGCCGGCAUCGGCGCAGGCGAUCCAGUCGCUGCGCAAGAAGGUGGUGGACGAGGCGAUGCUGGGCAGCGACGGGCGGGCGGAGUGCUCGAUCUGCAUGGAUAGAGUGGAGAAGGGCACGGAGGUGACGGAGCUGCCGUGUCAGCAUUGGUUCCACACGGCGUGCAUUGAGAUGUGGUUGAACCAACAUAAUACCUGUCCGCAUUGUCGGCGGGGGAUUGGACACGAACAGAACAGACAGGGACAGAACCCGCAGAACCGGCAGAACCGACAGGAGCCAGGCAGGCAGGAACCGGCCGAGGGGACGAGUGACAAUCCGGUGGUGAUUGACGAUAGUCCGGGGCCAGAGGGAGGGAGUGGACUGGGGGGAUUGGCUGGAUGGGUUCGCAGUCGAUUUGGAUAA